UGUUCGCUUCGCUCGUGUUCGGAGCUUCAGUUUGUAUUCGGUGUCCAGUUCAGCUCGAUUACACCGUGCACAAGAGAGCGAGAGGCCGGGGUACGCACAGCGUGACAGACACACACACCGCCGCGGGUGCGCUUCGAGCUUCGCCGCGAUUUCGAGUCGGGCGCGCGUCUCUCUCUCUCUCUCUCUCUCUCUCUCGCGAAAUUCUUCCCCCGCGCGCGCGCGAAUUAUCGUGUCGAUCGCGCGAUCACUGGAUCCGUCGGCGAGGAUUUCUCUCUCACCUCCGCGGCAUUCGAUUCGAGGGGGAGAGUGGUGCGCAUUUGGUGUGCCGUUGAUUUUGUCAAGUGAUUUAAAACGAAGAAGAGAGGAACGGAGACGACUCGCGACGAGGAAAAAAAAAAAAAUGCUGCCGCCACGAAUACUCGGCCUCCUGGUGCUUCUUCUCGCCGUGCAAGGCUUAUGUAAACCGACUAAGAGUACGGAGGACUUGAAUUACGAGGAUGAUACCCCUUUAGAGGAUGAAAAUGAGGAAGAUGAAGAUGAAGACACUGAUAAUACCGGCAUCGUUGAGGUGCCUCCGCAAAUCUUAUCACGUCCAGAAAGUAUUCGCGUAAAAGUUGGAGACACCAUUACAAUGCCUUGUCAAGUAAUCCAUACAGAUAAUUAUGUGGUCGCGUGGUUGAAGGACGAUAAGUAUCUGUACUUCGAAUCGCAGACGUACACAGAGGACGACAAGAGAAUCGUAAGAUUGCCGAAUAACAGCUUGGUGAUCUACAAUGCGACGGUCGAGGAUAGCUCCGACAAUUACAAAUGCAGUAUUCUGCGGAAUCCUGACCCCAUAGAUUUGACUCAUCGUUUGCGGGUUGAUGAAAAUCCGCGUCAAGAAUCUGCGCCGCCGCAGCACUCGCUUAAAGGGAUCAUACGCGUGAAGCCCUCGAAGAAGGUCGAAGUGAAGCAGGGCCAUAGUAUCACGCUCGGUUGCGAGACCGACAUACAGCCGCCGCCCGAGAUCAAAUGGUUCAUUGAGAACAAGAAGGUGGACGGUUACGAUCCUGACGUGAUCCUGGAUGGAAAUUACAUCACGAUACAGAAAGUGAAUGAGUCUCAUAGUGGCCUGUAUCAAUGCCUCGCUGAGGAUGGUUCGGAAAUGCCAGCGAUGGAAGCGAUCAACGUCAUUGUAAAUUACAAACCUAAGAUCGAGGUAGAGAAAAACAUAGUCUACAGCGGUGCGAGUAUAGAAUCGGAAAUUACAUGCAUCGUGAGCGCUCAUCCUGUGGAACUCGUAACGUGGUAUAAAGAUGACAAAAAACUUAUACAAAAGAAAGGAUCGAUGAUGUAUCAUAAGGCAAUACCGAAGAGUAAUAAGACUAAGCACAUUUUAAAGAUCCUGCACACUUCAGCACGAGAUUUUGGCGAGUACAAGUGUCGGGCAGAGAAUGCCUUUGGCCAUGACAUUAAAUCUGUCAUCUUAACAGGUGUACCUUCGCAAGCAAAAAUAUAUGGUGCCAAAAUGACUGAGGAUGAUGCAGGAAUUAUUCUGCAGUGGCGUUUGGAGAGUUAUUCACCGAUCGACGAAUAUAAGUUACAAUAUCGUCGUAAGGGUGAUCAGAAAUGGAUCUUCAUCGAGCCUGAAGUCAAAGACGGUAAAGGAAAUCAAUUUUCCGUAGAAUAUCCAAUUCUAGGUCUUCAGCCUGGAUCCUACGAGGCGAUCCUAAAGGCUAGAAAUGCAUUUGGAUGGUCUUUGGACUCAGAACCGCAUACAUUUUCUGGUGAUUAUCCACCUGAUUUAGCAUUAAAAGAAAAUUCGGCAACUGUGCGAUCUCCUGGAACGUUUUUAGCAUUGAUCCUAGUCGUUUUAUCUUGUGCCUUCACAAGUCUGAAACUCUUUACUUAAAUCUCUAAAGUAUGUAGGUAAUUUGCUGCAGCCAAAGCAACACCAGCAAACGCUAUGGUGGAUUUAUUAGUAUAGGAACACUUAGGGGAGAUAUAGCGCUUGAUAGCGCACUUACAUAUUUUUAGUGCAAAUUUCCCUUCCAUAUCAGGAUAUAUUUUAUGUACAUAUAUAUUUAAUAAAAUAUAUUUUCAAACAUACGGGCAUUAUUGAGACACAUUAAUAUACAUCUCACAUAGUCAAAAUUUCGUGAUCAAUAUUAAUUUACAACUCACCUAGGUGUUCCAUUAAGACGCAUU